ACAAAACAUUUAAAGAGAAGAUUACUGAAACGAAUUUGUUAAAAAUCAGUCGUUCUUCUGCACCUUAUUUUCGACAGGAUACGAAAAAUGUCGUCGGUUCCCUUUUCUCAAGUUGUCGAUGGUUUCCAACUUCCAGGAGUGUUUCCGGCUGAUAAUUUUCGUGCGGCUACCAAAUACAAACCGCGACCAGAUGACCUUUUCUUGGUGACCUAUCCUAAAUGUGGAACCACUUGGACAGGACAGAUACUUAUCCUUAUACUGCAGAAGGGAGAGCCUCUCAAAAAUCCAUCAGAUAUGCAUGCAAAAGCUCCGUUUUUAGAAAUGACAGGCGUCGAUUUCGUCGAGAAAAUGAUGAGGCCAGGUCCUAUCAAAACUCAUUUACCGUUUCACCUGACCCCUUUUUCGAAGGAUGCCAAAUACAUAUACGUAACAAGAAAUCCAAAGGACUGCUGUGUUUCCUAUUUCCAUCAUAUGAGAAAUUUACCCGGGCAUAACUUCAAUGGAACAUUCGAUGAAUUCUUCGAGCUUUUCGUAUCGGGGAAGAUUGAUUUUGGAGAUUAUUUCGACAACUUAUUGUCUUGGUACCCUCACAGAAAUGAUCCGAACGUAUUGUUUGUCACUUAUGAAGAACUCAAAGAAGACAUUGACGCUGCCAUUUUGAAAAUGGCAUCUUUUAUUGACGAUGAAGAGUAUGCUGAACCCAUUCGAAAAGACCCCAAAAUCUUAGAAAAUAUUAAGAAGUACAGCAGUUUAAAAGAAACGAAGCAGUUCAUGACAAGAAGCUUCACAGAAGUAGCAGAGAUGUCCCCAGAAGCAUUAGAAAAAUCAAAUUUACCAGAUGCUAUGAAGCAUAUGUUAGUGCAGCAGAAGGAUAAAUUAAAAGCUUCUUUAGAAGGAAAAGAAGAAGAAGGUCCCAGUAUGGCUCAAUUUGUAAGAAAAGGAAUCAUUGGUGAUUGGAAGAACUAUUUUUCCGAGGAUCAAAGUCGUCGAUUGGAGGAAAAGUUUGCUGAGCGUACCAAGGGAACCGAAAUUGCGAAUUUCUGGAAGCAAUACAUGUAAUUAAUGUUUAUUACAUGUAAAUAUGUAAUACAUGUAAAUAUGUAUAUGAAGCAAUACAUGUAAAUAUGUUUA